CAGUCGGCCAGUCUGUCGGUGUCGAUGAUGCCGGCUGAUCGUUGCAAAAGCAAAACAGCGGCGGCGAAAGAGCAGCAGCCUCUGUUGCUCGCUCGCUCGGGUGGGUGAUCUAUUAGUGGCGAGUCUGCUCGCGGAAACGAGGCCGAGGCGCGGGAGCAGUGCGCGAAACACGCGAGAAACAAGGGUCGCCGCAUUCGGCGGCGCCGCGCGGGCCAAAAUGCACCAGCUGCACUCUGACUAGCCGCGCCGGGGACGCACGUGAGUGGUCACUCUGGACACCGGCGGCCAUUGCAAGGGUGUGCGCGCGGGGACCGAGAGGAAAACACAAAUCGCGGCGGCGGUGGCGAACGGCACGAAGUAAAAAUAGCAGUGAGCAGUGACUAUACUGCUGCAGGUCCAUCCUCCUCGUGCUGCAAAAAGGGCAUUCGCACAUGUUGGAGCACCGGCAGCAGCAGAACCCGCCCUUCCUCGUGGGCGAGAGGGCCGUCUGGCUGGGCAGCGGCAGCGGCCUCCCGCAGGGCGGCCAUGUCCGCUGGAUCGGCAAACUGCCCGGAAUGGGCUCUGGCUGGAGUGUCGGCCUCGAACUCGACAAGGAGCUGCCAUACGGUGGCAUCGACGGCUCGUGGUGUGGCCGACAACUGUUCCAGUGCCGCACCAAGCACGGUUUACUCGUUCCUGCCAGCGUGGUUGCUAAAGAGGACUCUCUCCUACGCUCUUUCGGUGUUGCCCCUGUGAUAAACAAGGCGCAACAGUCUCCGAGGCUUGACACCAGGUCUUCUGCCCUUCCCGGCGAAGCGUCUCCCAGGGCCACCAAGGCCCCAGUGCCCAAGCCAAAGAGGACCAAAUCGUCAGCGAGCAGCUCGCGAGCUUCCUCCCAACAGUCGGUGGUGUCGCGGAGCAGAAGAGCUCCCACCUCGCCGGACCCCAGCAGCUCCGCGGACGACACCCUCAGCAGGCCUGUCGUCAAACCAGUGCGACGCAAUUCCAAAAAGGCGAGGGAGCAGGCCGAGUUCGCCAAGCUCAUAGGUCAGCAGGCGCAACGGCCGACGCCCAGAGUAGCUAAAGACGCUCUACAGCGGGUUGACUCUCAGGGGGAGGAAGUGAGACACGCUUUCCAGCCCUUGCCCAAGUCUGCGUUCGCACCUCCUUUGGACUCACUGCCCAUCGACGACUCGGUGCUCAAGCUCUUGGCUUCUCGGUUACCGCAGUUGUCGGGAGUUUCGAUUCUUUCGGAACCACAGGCGCCAAAGAAGACCCCUAGAAGAAGUGUCGACGAAACUACCAAAGUUGACCUUUCAGUCCUCCCAGCGUCUGCCAUCCGGGUCCCCAAGGAGUUCAGUCGGCAGAUCCAGCAGAGUGAAAAGGCGCCCGCGCAGAAGCAGCCGGAAAGAACAGAGGAGGAACCGGCAAAAGUAGAAGUUAAGCCCGUCAAGGCAGAAGUUGAAUCUGAAAAGGCACAAGAAGAGCCUCUCAAGGUAGAGGAAGUUGAAAUACGAGAAGAAGUUCUUGAGAAGGAAGAAGAAAAACCUGAUUUGCCGCAGGUAUUGGAAAUCGCGCAUGAAAUACCAAAAGAAGAGAGCAAGGAAUCAGUGGUAGAGGCAGAGAACAAGAACCCUGACGCAGGUUCUGAAUCAGAGGUUGAGGUUUUUGAAGACGCUGCAACCACAGAGGAGCCUGAAAGGGAAGCAGAAACAGCAGCGUCAGUAGAACCUAUUGAAGAAGAAGAAGAGGAGGAGGAAGAAGAAAAAGACAGCUGCAGCAGUCCAGCACCGCCGCCACCGCCAAAAAGCAAGAAAGACGGGAAUGCUGGACACUUCCACACAGCACCAGCUAGGCCAAACAGACACCGGUCGUCUGUGAAAAAGAGAGCACCUCUUCCACCGAUAAAUAGCGGUGUUGAAAAAGAAGAGGAAGAAAGCAGCAAAGCAGAAGUCAGCGCAGAAAAUAACCAGCACUCUGCGGCCGCAGACACCUCCACCCCUCCUCGAGUGCCCCUCCGCAGACACAACAGCCUAAACGGACCGCGCCGGCCGCUGAGCGAUGUGGCCCCUGCGCAGACCACCGAGGAGCUGAUCUAUCAGUGGUUCGACGCAAUAGGAGACGCGCCCGCCGCCCCACCGAGACAUCAUGCGCGGCCAGACUCGAUGAACAGCAGCCAGCCUCAGACCAAGGGGUCGCCGUCCAUCUCGCCCUCGAUCUCAAUCACCUCGUUCGAAGACGCAGUCGCCGCCGCCGACGCGAUCUACUCGGAACGCUACGACAAGCAAUUCGCCAAUUUGGACUCUGGCUCCAGUGUAGCUAGCUCGACGUCCAGCUCCACGGCCACCUUCACGUCCAACACAAACCACAGCAGCCACAGCAACCGCCGUAGCGGUGGCAUUUUGUCCUUCCUCAAGUGGUUGCGGAAAACAGACUCGGGCUCGCCGAACUCGGGCUCUGAAGAGCAGCAGCAGGUAAUUAGCAAAGAGGCGCCGCUCAGCCGCUCGAGUAGCACUAACAGCUUGGGCACCGUAGUCAGUGCCGCGAGUAGUUUUGCUUUCGUCAAACCCGCUGCUUACCAUAAUAACAACAACAAGGCCAGUCUGCAUUAUGCCCCACCAGCUGCGGACUCAGACACGUACAGACUGAGAAUCCGCCAGCGUGAGCGUUCCCGCAUUUUGGACAAAGGACUCACAUUCAAGCGAAAGUACAAACUCCGUCACUUCGCCUGCAGCCAGGAGACAGUUUUCUCCGACACUUUAAAGCCCAUCGCGCGGGGAAAGAGGAAAGCCCCUGCCCCACCGGUGCCCAAGAGCGAGCACUACUCAGAACUCAGUUUGCCUAUCAAUCUAGAACACAGAAAAAGGAUGGAGAUCAUGGAGCCGAACGUACAGGUGAAGCUACACAGAAGGUCUGCUAGCGAGUCCGCCAAGGACAAGAGAGCGGGAGCCUACCUUCACGUACGGGGAAAGAGAAAGGCACCGCAGCCGCCAAGCAGACAGCAGCAGGUGCUCAGACCGGUCACUAAUUUUCCCUCUCUAGGGAGGAAUAAAAAGAGGCAAGCGCCGACGCCUCCACCCUUGGAGGAGAACAUGGCUAGACUGAGUCCCGAUGAGAAACAAAGACUGAUCGACUGCAUCAACCGAGCAAAGAACAGCAGUCCAACGUCAAAUUUGCAGGGUCCUGCCCUCAUCACUGCGCCUCCGAUCAUCCUGGCGGCCCCGGAAAUGCCGCCUCAAAGUCCGACGCCGUCCAGCGCAAAUUUGUCUCCAAAGCCUUGGUACAAAAGACCUCCCAAGUUCAGCCCAAUGAAACUGGGUAACAAGAAGCCCGAGGAGACUGAGAUGCCGGAGGUCAACUACGCCAGGGUGCUCCCUGACCCGAGCAAGAGAAAGUCUAUGCAGUUCCAGGCACUGACAAAGUUCUCAGACAUCGACAAAGAAGCCGCUGCUCUGAUCCAAAACAACCAGCAGAAAGCAGCAGAACUUCUGGCUGCUCGGAACAAUAGUUACUACAUGCCGAUUGAAGGAACUGCCAAGUCAGAAAAUGAAACUGUGAAGGUUGAAAAGACACCUGAUACUCCAAUAGAGACGCUAAUAGAGGAACCAAAAGCAGAAGAGGAAGCUGCAGCAAAAGCCCCACCAACCAAAGGUCUGAUCUCAAAAUUCAACGCUAUUUCAAACAUCUCAAAGGUGACUGUGAAUUCGUCAAAGGCUGCUCUUGUUGGAUUAUUAAUCAAUAAUGAGAGUAAAAAUCAGAAUGGGAAAAAGACCCCUCCAGUGAGAGUUGUGCAAGAGGAGAAAAAGGAGGAAGCUGCAGCUUGUGAAGCAAAAAAUAAAUCAGAAGUUGAGGAGAAGAAAAAACCAGAUGAAACCAAACAUGAAGAAACGCCGGCUGUGAAAAUAGCAACCGAUUCUCUUUAUCCAAAGCUGACUGCUUUGGAAACGCCUCAACCAGAGCCAGAAGAAAAGAAGGAAACUCCUUUACCCUUGUCUAUCCAUGGGGCGCCUGAAGGAAUGACCCUGAACAGACAAAAGAAAAAGAUGUGGAUCUGCCCUCGCUGCACGUUAGAAAACGAAAACUGGCGCUUCACGUGCGACGCUUGCAACAUGUGGCGGCCCAGCAAAGGUCCUGACGAGGCAUCUUUGCCUGCCGCCGAGGCCGCUGGAGUGAACACCGUGGAGGAGGCCUCCAACUCCAUACAAAAAAUGGCCAAUGAUGUGACCAAAGAGGAGGAAGCAUUUAAAAAACCCGAACCGAUCGGGCCGAUCGACUGGGAGGUUGAAUUAAAGCACUAUUUUCCAGAGAAAAAAUCUCCCGAACGCAAAAGGGAGUCUCCUCCCAAAAUGAAUGCAAAGGUCGCGGAGGCCAUCAAGAUCUUAGAAGGCAAGAAAUCACCUCCGCCGGGACCAGUGUACGUCAAGACUCCAGAAAAGAAGGCGGAAGUCCAGAAACCAACUCCAGUUUACGCUGUUUCGAUGAAAAAUAGCAAACCAUUUGUGAUGGAGGAAGGGCGGAAGCAGCCAGUGGAGGUAAAAGAUCAAGCUGAAGAGAAAAAGACUCCAAUGGCCGUUGCGGAAACGUUCAUUGGAGGCAGGACUGAAGCUGACGAGAAGAAGACAAAGCCGCAGACGGCGUCCUCGUCCCAGCAGACGACAAAGCCUUUGGAAGGCGGCAAGGUGGUCGGCUCGAACGAGCCCACAACGCCCAAGGACGUCGACGAAGUGAGAAAGGCCAGACUGGCGUUCUUCAACAAGGAAGAAAAGGCGGUAGAAGCCAAGCCACCUGCCAGUCCUCGGCUCUCAAGAGCUGCAAAAACCCCUGCUCAAGCUGUUGCUAUCGCAGACACCCCUCCAAGUCCAAAGGUUAGCAGGACAGUUGAAAUUUCAACCGACACCACAGGACUCGUGGUGACGUUGAAGGAGAAGGGCGCAGCUGUGGUGGCUGCGGCCAAUGCCGCUGACCUAGAGGAGAAGCUCAGGAUCAAAGAGAAGCUGAAGGAGAUGAAAAACUCCUUGCCCAAGGAGCCCACCACGGCUCCGAUGAAAGCCACCGAGCCUUUCAGCAACAAAGGUGCCAUCAAGAAGUCUCCUCCUGCUCAGGAGAAGAGGCAGGCUCCUGUCCUGAAGCCCAACAAAGUCUCAUCCGCAGCUCAGACGAGUGGAGCUAUCGUGAAGACUUCAGUGAAAGACCAGACUACUCGGGCGCCUGCUAACGGCUCACCUGUGGUCGUGAAGAAAAUAAUUGCAAGAAGUCCGUCCUUCAAGGGUAACGGGACGUUUUUGCUCAUGGGACCCAAAGACUUCGCCAGCAUCGAGGCGACCAAGUCGAACAAAACACUUGCACCUCCCGAGACACAGCAUGUUUAUGCCAACAUUCCUAGUCCUGGACUUGUGCCUAGUGGAAAUCCUGCAAUUAAGAAUGCGCCACCAAAGCCGGAGGUUAUGUCUCCAGAGCCAGCUGCUUCAGUUCUCACUCCUCCUCCACCAGCACAGAAAGUUCCUUCACCCAUCUUGAAGAACCGCCCAGGAAUCAAACCAGUGAUGGUUAAGGUUGAAUUGAAUGCGCAGGUGGAAGAUGACUAUGGAGAUGAUGACGAUGAGGAUGAGGAUGAAUAUGACAACCUGGACGACCAGUCAAGUCUGAGUGGUGCGGCAGACUCUGGCAGCGCUGCUGGAAGUGUUGGCGACUCGAGUGAUAUUGAAAAACUGGCUGGAACUCUUACGCAGCCAAAGGGCAUCGCUGAAUUCAAAGCUGAUCUGGCAACCAGUCCUCCUCAAAGAGCUCAAAAUACGCUUGCUGUGAAUCGUCUACUUCGACGUCUCGAAAAUGCCAUCGCAAAUGGCCAGCACAGAACUGCUGCUGGACUUGCCAGAGAUUUGGCACGACUGAAAAUCAACUGCAAAGUUGAGAGGCAAAGGAUAAAAACUAAAGAACCAGAAAUGUUUACCGUUGACAUGUAUGUGGAAGACAAAGUGUCUCAUCAAGGACCAAUUCCCUUGAGUGUUUAUGCAAGCAUGACCGUUGGCGAGCUAAAAGCCAAGGUCCAGCAGGAGUUUGAAAUUCCUGCAGAUGUGCAAAGAUGGAUUUUGGGCAAGAAACUUGCGUCAGAUGACAACAAGACAUUGCAGCAGCAUAGCGUUGCCUCGGGAGGAUGCGUCGUCUUCCUCUACCUUGUUGCACCUCCUGAGCGCAAUGACAGUGCAAGUCCAGCAACUAACAGAGAUUCUCCAGCUGUGGUUGCAACCCCUCCGCCCCCACCAGCAGAAGACCGUAUUCUGCCUCCAGCUCCAGAGAACCAGCGAGGGCCUGGUUGGUAUUACAACUUUGAGGAGGAUAGAUACAGCUACUGUGAGUCCUCUGAGGAAUCUGAUCCUGAGGAAGAGCCAAAGAAUGUGCAGCCUCUUCCACCAGAGCCUGCUCCUCGAAAGGAAAGAACUCCUCCAAUCCCAGCACCAAGGCAAUUGACCCCACCUUUAGCUGAGCCUGAGGAGGACUUGCUUGAAGACGGAAAUGUGGCAGCCGCUCAGCCAGAAGCUUCAUUUGAGCCGACAGCCCCUCCUGCAUCUCUGGAGAAGAAACCAGCUGUUGUUCAGAUAGGCUGGACGUGCCCACUGUGCACCUUGAUUAAUCCUCCGACUAGACCUGGCUGCGCUGCCUGCACGACUGACCGGCCUGCGGAUUACAAAAUUCCAGACGAGAAUGAAAUUUCCGACCAAGAGGCCAAAAGACUUCAGCAGGAAGAAGAAAACGAUCAAGCCCUUGAAAACCAAGCGACCCAGGAAAACGGCGCGAACAACUACGAAGCUCUGGUGGCUCUGGAAAAUAUGGACCUGGUGCCCAACAUGGAGCCCUUUGAUUGUCCCGUCUGCUUUGGAAGCUUUCCUGCAGGGGAGGGUGCCAUGCUGAGGGAAUGCCUGCACACUUUCUGCCGGCCCUGUCUGGCCCACACAGCCCAGUUCAGUGAGGAUGUUGAGGUCAGGUGCCCUUUCCGCAAUGACCAGUAUACCUGUGAUGCCACUCUACAGGAGAGAGAAGUUCGAGCCCUGGUUACCCCGGAUGUGUAUGAUAAACUUCAAGCCAAGUCAGUGGCUCAGGCGGAGAACAAAAUAAAAAACGCCUUUCACUGCAAAACGCCUGACUGCAGAGGCUGGUGCAUCUUCGAGGACAACGUCAAUGAUUUUCGCUGUCCAGUCUGUGGACACCACAACUGCCUCACUUGCCAAGCCAUCCACGAUGGAAUCAACUGCAAGCAGUACCAAGAAAGAGUGACUCAGGCGUCUGAAACCGAUGCUGAAGCAAUGAGAACCAAAGCCAUGCUUCAGGAAAUGGUUGAGCGAGGGGAAGCUCUGUGCUGUCCAACCUGCAAGGUGGUGCUCAUGAAGAAGUGGGGCUGCGACUGGCUCCGGUGCUCCAUGUGCAAAACCGAGAUAUGCUGGGUCACCAGAGGUCCAAGAUGGGGAGCAGCAGGGAAAGGAGACUUAUCUGGGGGUUGCAAGUGCGGGGUCAACGGCGUCAAAUGCCAUCCUAAAUGUAAUUAUUGCCAUUAGAGCUAGAUGCAAUUAGCCCUUUUUAAUAUUAAGACAAAUUUUUGUAUCAGAAAUACAGUGUGCUAAUAUUCUGUGAUAAGGUGCACUAAUUGUUUUUAAAUGCGCUCACUGAAGAUGUAUUAACCAUUUAAUUAAUAUAAAUCAUAAAAAAAUACAAAAAAAACGUUGAUGAGUGCUUUCAAAUUGAUUUUAACACUUUGCAACUGUUACGAAUAUUUGAGAAUUUGUAAAAUGACUAUUAUUGGAAUGUAUUUCGAGAGAUGUAUUUUUAGGAAGACUUUCACAUUGCCGUAACAGUGUAAGCUGAAUUUGUUUAUUGUAUAAUAAAAUUAUCAGAUCUGCUUA